UUAUAUAAAAUAAUAAGAAUUAAUACAAUUAAAUAUUUGAAUGGAUACAACCACUAUCACUGAAUUGUUGGAUGGAAACACAAAUUCACAAGCUAAUGAUCCUAUUAAAAAUGUUUCAUACACUGGAAAAAUCCUUCUAGGAAUCACAGGAGGUGUAGCAUUUGGUCUGACAGUAAUCUGUGCAUCAUUCGUUAGUCCUGCCCUAAGGAAAUUCACCUUGCCAUAUGUACCUGCUACAAAACAGCAAAUAUCUAAUAUUUUGUCUGCCUUGAAUGGUAGGUCUGGUACAUUGCUGGAUUUGGGGUCUGGAGAUGGUAGAAUUGUAUUAGAAACAGUAAAACAUAAAUUUUUAUCAGAUGGUGUUGAACUAAAUCCUUGGUUAGUUUUGUACUCAAAAUUCAAUGCCCUCAGGAAAGGUGUGCAUAGGAGUACAAAAUUUAUUAGAGCAGAUUUAUGGAAAUAUGAUGUUUCAAUAUAUGACAAUAUUGUGAUUUUUGGUGUAGAACAAAUGAUGAACGAUUUGGAAAAAAAGUUAUUGAAAGAAUGCAAAGGCGAUUGCAACAUCAUAGCAUGCCGCUUUCCUUUACCAAACUUGGUGCCUAAAAAAACCAUAGGUCAUGGUAUCGAUACAGUAUGGGUGUAUGAUUGUAAACAAUGA